GCAACAAUAUGAAGAUGGUUUAACAAACAUAUUUGUCCGUUGGUGGGAUGGUUUUAAUUAUAAUCAGUUAAUUAACUUGUCAACAAAAAAGGGUUGAUACUUACACUUUACAUUCAACUGGUGGUACCUUUGGUUUUCUGCCGAUUUCAUCAUUUGUUUUUGCUUAAUUAACUUUAAUCUUUCGUGACAAUACAAACACUAAGUGUUUUCAUCAUUCAAAUUUCCAUUUUCUCUUGUGUUUCAUCAUUUCGCUUAGUUGAUUAAUUUAGAAUUUUUUUUCUGUCAUCUUAUUCUCAGUGUUUUCUUUUGGUUCUCUUGAUCUUGUUACUUAACCAUGAAGGAACUUGAAGAACGACGGAUUCCCCGACCUCCAAAUGCUUUCAUGUUAUAUGGUAAAAAAAAUCGAAGGCAAAUCGCUCAAGAUAAUCCAAAUUUAACCAACAAACAGAUAAGUAAAAUAUUGGGUGAUAAUUGGCGAAAAAUGGGCGCAGAUGAUAAAGAAGUUUAUCACCAAUUAGCCAACGAAGCUCAUGCAGAUCACAUGAAAAAAUAUCCAGGUUAUUAUUACAGUCCAUUGGAAGCUCGUCAACGUAAAGCUGAAAGAAAGCGUAAAUAUUUACAACGAAUGACCAUUAGAAGAGCCAAUACUGACCAGAAUGAAAAUGGACUUCCAAAUGAUUCAAGUUCACCACAAUUUAUCUCGGAAAAUUGUAACAUUGUACCAACAUGUUCAACCUCCAAUCCAAUUGAUUCGUUGACCAUUGAUGAUCACAAUAGUAGAUUUGGUGAUCACUGUUAUGCUUUCAUUGAACCCGAUCAACCUUCAAUCCAUCAGCAUCAUUCUGACCUUCUACCUCUUGACCAGUCCCAAUUUCAACAACACCCACAACAACAACACUGGAUGGAAGUGAGUCCCUUUUACCCGUACUUGCUUUCGCUUCCAAAUGAUUAUCCAAUUUCUUAUUAUUAAUCAAUCCCGAUGAUGAACCAUUAUUAUUAUGAUUAGAAACCGUUAACUUGGACAAUUUAUCCUUAUUAUUAUUAUUAUUAUUACUAUUAGAACCAUUAUUAUUAUUAUCGUUAUUAUUAUCAGGCACCUUUGGUAUUAAAGUUGUUCGUAUAUUAUUUGCUGAACCACUUUUCGACACCGAUGCAGUUACCAAUAGAUCAGCACUUGGGACGGAAUUUUUCAAAGUUCCGGUUUUCUGUACAGUUUUCUUAUUACCU